GACCAGGUUCGCGGAAGGGCAUAAGAAAAGGAAGAAAAAAAAUAAAAAAAUAAAUAGAAAGAGGCCGCGUGUAACGCACGGGCCAUAGUCUAGUGUCUAUUUAUUUCAAUCUAUUUCGGGCUUUGCGAAGGAUAAGACUAAACUCUUGGCCAACGCAAGAAUACAGCCAUCUCCAAAAGUUGCUUUUAACCAUUUCAGCCUUCAUUAAUGGACCCAUCAAGAAUCUCCCUCCGUCGUUUCCUAAUCUCCGACGUCGACGACUUCCUGAAAUGGGCUAGUGAUGAUAAAGUAACCCGUUAUCUCAGAUGGAACACCAUCACUUCCAGGGAAGAGGCCCUGUCAUAUCUUGAGAAGGUUGCUAUACCCCAACCUUAUCGUCGGUCCAUAUGUUUAGAUGACCACUCGAUCGGAUACGUUUCAAUCAAGCCAGGAUCAGGCGAUGAUGAAUGCAGAGCUCACCUUGGGUAUGCAGUAAGUGCAGAGUACUGGGGACAAGGGAUUGCUACAGCCGCGCUGAAGAUGGCGGUUUCCAAUGUGUUUAAAGAGUUUCCAGGCUUGGUAAGGCUUGAAGCUAUUGUGUUGAUAGAAAAUCAGGGUUCCCAAAAGGUGUUGGAAAAGGUUGGGUUUUUGAAAGAGGGCCUGCUAAGGAAGUAUGGGUUUUGCAAAGGUGAAAUCAGAGUCGUGCUUGUCUACAGCUUCUUGUCAACAGAUUUGAUGAAGUGAUUGCUCCAAGCCCAAAAAAGAAAAAAAGGUCCCUUCAAAGUUUCCGAGUUGAUAUUGUACUUUUGGCCACAAUGAGAUAACCCUCCCCACCAGCACAAUUUGCAGAAGGCAUUGAAAUGCCUUAAGAAGGUCGCUUUGUCUCAUACUUGCCUUAAUUAUUAUGUAUGUCUAACACAAAAGUAGUGCAGAAGGACCAUUUGUACCAUAAUCUAGCACAUUACAUAUUUACAAUGUAAGGAUGACCAUGUAUUCUCAAAGAAACAUUUACAAUUCAUUUACUUUUUUUUCAAA